AUGGCCGACGACGCCGCCACCACAGGCACCGAGGAGUCGCAAGUCACCUUCAAUGUCAAGGCGGCCAACGACCAGAAGCACGUGCUCACACUUGCUGCGACGACGACAGUGGCCGACCUGAAGAGCAAGCUGUCGGCCUCAGAGUAUGCAGACAUCCCCGCGGAGCGACAGCGCCUCAUCUACUCUGGCCGUGUACUCAAAGACCACGACACACUCGCUAGCGUCAAGAUCAAGGACGGACACACAGUGCACCUGGUCAAGGGCGCCGCCAGCAAUGUCAGACAGAACCCCGCCAACCAAGGUACGGCGAGCACGGCAGGCGCAGGCAGCUCUCCGGCAGGGCAAGUGCCUACCAACAUCGCGGCUGGCACAGGCAACAACCCCCUCGCGGGCCUGACGGGAGCGCGAUACGCUGGCUUCCACGGCCUGCCUGGCAUGGACACGUUUGGCCCAGACGGAGGAAUGGGCCCACCGCCGAAUCCAGAGGCCAUGCUGGAGAUGAUGGAAAACCCCAUGUUCCUGAGCCAGAUGACCGAGGCCAUGAACAAUCCUGCUGUAGUCGACAUGAUGAUGCAGUCCCCAAUGAUCCGUGAUAAUCCUAUGCUCCAACAGAUGCUACGAAACCCCGAGAUGCGCCGCAUGAUGUUUAGUCCCGAGGUCAUGCGCAUGCAGUUACAGAUGCAACGGUCCAUGGGCGGUGGCGGCAACAGUGGAGGAUCAAGCUUCCCUGCGCCUGGCGCAACAGACAACACACCCGCGGCCGGCAGUGGCCCAACAGCGACACCAGGUCAAACGAAUACUACUGCACCUGCAGACCCUUUUGCAGCACUCGGUGGCGGUAAUGCUGGCAAUCCUUUCGCUAGUCUCUUCACAGGCGGCGCGAACACACAGGCUGGCACAAACCCCCAAGCUGGCUCAACACCAGCCCCACAAGAUGGCUCAGCGCCUCCAAACCCAUUUCCAAAUCUUUUUGGUGGCGCACAAGGUGGCCAGGCGAACCCCAUCGCUGAAGCUGCGCAAAGGCUGAUGCAGAAUCCCGAAGCCAUGCAAUCAAUGAUGCAAAUGAUGGGUGCGGGUGGUGCAGGCGGUGCAGGCGGUGCCUCGCCUUUUGGAGCUUUUGGUCAAGCUCCAGGCGCAGCUCCAGCAGCUGGUGGUGGUGCUGGCGCAAACGCCAAUAACCCAUUCGCCGCGCUCUUCGGCCCUGGAGGGUUCGGCGCAGGCGGCUUCGGGGCGCCUGCCGCGCCAGCAGAUAACCGUCCGCCCGAAGAAGUAUACGAAACCCAGCUCCGCCAGCUUAAUGAAAUGGGUUUUUACGAAUUCGAUAGGAACGUCUCUGCGCUGAGACGGAGUGGAGGCAACGUCCAGGUUCAAGAGCGUCGAUCAUACCUAACGCUGAGCGAGAUGAGCAUGAUACUGCAGUACGAAGCACGCGAAGAGAGGGUGAAUAGUGUGACAGAAGACUACGGGUAUGAUCUCAGUGAUAUCCUCGAGGACUACGAUAGUGAUGAGUGGGACUUUUCCGACGAGGACCGGUGUCGCGAGAGUACGAAGAUGCCCUGA